AAGAUAUACUAUGGCGAGAAUAUCUAAAGCAAAUGUGAAAAUUUGAAAGAGUAGACCGGUUUCUUAAAUAAUCUAUUUGAGUAUCUGAAAGAUACAGUGUAGGAACAGAAACUGCAACGGAGACGCAGUUGUUUCGGCGCGUGGCCUGUAGGAGGCGUAGUUUGACAGCUUGGCUCAGACAGCUCCUGUACAUGCUGGGCGAUGUCACCUGUCCGCUCCUCGACAUCCAGCCGCAGUAGAAUCACCAGGAUUAACAUCUGGGUGCAUCCAUCGUCAGGCUGAGCUCCCAGUAGGUCUGAAAUGAUUACCAGGAGCUGCUAAGGCAUCCCCAGGGAGAAUCAUGACAACACAGCCAACUUCGGUUUCCAUCCUGAGGGAGUUCUGUCCGCUGUAUUAUCUGCUGAACGCCAUCCCUGCAAAGGUGCAGCGUGGCUUCAGGUCUGUGGUGGUCUACCUGACAGCUCUGGACAGCAGCUCUGACUUCCUGGCAGUGGGCAGCAGCAUCGGCAUGCUUUACCUGUCCUGUCGUCGGGUUGCACAUAUGAACAAGUACAGCGUAGAGGGGAAAUGUGAGGCGAUCACGGCGGUAAAACUGCUCAGCUGUUUUGAUGAUCUGGUGGCUGUUGGAACAGCUUUGGGUCGAGUUGUAGUCUUCCAGCUGGUGUCCCCGCUUCCUGGACGCAACAAGCAGCUCAGGCGUUUCGAUGUUGUCAGCCUCCAUAAAGGCUCUGUCACAUCUUUAACCUGGAGCGCCAACGGAAUGAAGCUGUUCUCUGGAGAUGAUAAAGGACGGGUGGUGUUCUCUGCUCUGGACCUGGACCAGGGCGUGUGUAAACCGGUGCUGCUGCUAGAGGAGUCGUCAGCUGUGGUUCAGAUGGAAUACAGACAUCAGGUUUUGCUGGUCUCGACGCAGCAGAGGUCCGUGCUUUACUGUACACAGAAACAGGAAGUGCUGCAGCUGGGCACCAAACCCCGCAAGAGAACCGGCAGGUUUGGAGCUUGCUUUCUGCCGGCCCUUUGUAAACAGAGCGAUCUUCAGGUGUACGCCGCCCGACCUGGGCUCAGGCUGUGGAGGUCUAAUGUUAGAGGAGAGGUGGAGGACACUCGACUUCUCAAGUCAUUUUUUGACAAACAGAUUCCUCGGUUUGAGUUGUUUCCACGACCUGAUCCGGUUGGCGCGUACCGUCCAGCAGACCGUCAGCUGGGCCUGCUGAGCUGCUUUCUCAGAGAAGGCUGGAUUCUCAGCUGGAAUGAAUACAGUAUUUACGUAUUUGACUGUCUCAAUGAGGUUAUAAUUGGCGCACUGGAAAGCAGCGGGGACAUUGUGUCUGUGUCAUCCUGUGACAAUGAGAUCUUCAUCCUGAAAGGAGACAGAGAGAUUAUCCGCCUUUCCAACAACCCAGAGGGAAUUGCAUCAAACAUGAUGUCAGCUCAUCUGUCCUCACCUCUGACCACACCCACAAUUCUCCAGCCAACCGGAUCAGUGGAAACGGUUCAGCCAAUCAGAACAAUGGCCAUCAUCGUAGAAGGUGGGGGCAAAGAGGAGGCAGAGGGGAGAGAGAGGCUCUCUGAGGAUGGAAAAGAUGAUGAUGAUGAGGAGGGUGUGGAAGAAGUUGAAGAGGCAAUGGAGCAGGACACCCCACCAAAGGUGAUGAAGUCCAGCCAGCCGUCCACUAUGUUCAAUAGCUCACGUUUCCGCAGCAGCUCUGUCACUGCUUGGGACAGUCUAAGUGCAGCCAGUCCGGUAACAACUCCGGUUAGCAGGUCCUAUGAAGUGAUCUCCAGGCGCUACAGUGCCCCUGUAGAUGAGGAACGGAUGCAGCAGGAGCUGGUGGUGAAGCCUAUCAGAGUGAAGAAGAAGAAGAAAAGACAUCAAGACUUUUCCUUAGACCACAGCACUGGAAACCGUCUUAGCAGCUGUUCAGAUUCAGUGCUUGAAGCCCAGGAUAGCAACUGUAGUGAUGGAGAAAGUGGAACCCCUUCCAGUGACCAUGGCUUUCUCAUUGGUCUUGAUGUCGAGAACCACGACACUCUACAACAGAUCCAUGACCAGAAGCCUCAGGAGACAGAGGACAAAGGCUCCAACAGAGGUGUGAAAGAUGGGGAGGAAGUGGAUUGUUCCUUCAACCAGUCGGGCUCUAGUUCCAAUACAGAGUCCCUGCUCCUGUCGGGCCUGAAGAAUGAGCAGAACCCAGAAAAGGCUCAGAUAGAUGGUUCUGAGACAGAUGUUCUACCCCCGACCCCAGAUGUUGAUCAGCUGCUGGAAUGCACCUUUUCCUACAUGAAGGCUGCAGAUGAUGGAGGGCUUGAGCAGCAGCUGGAUAAGUUCCCCAGCAGUCUGCCAGCAUCCAGAGACGAGACGGUGGACCACCCACUUCUCUCACCUGAGCUAGCAGACCAGAUGUUUUCCUGUGACGCAACCAAUCCGGACAGGAAACCCAGUAUAUCUAGCGAUGAAGAGGGAGACAUCUACUGUCAGCCUCUUCCUGCUGUCAGUGGAGGAGACGCCCACACCGAUCCAUCAAAAGAGGCAGAAAAAGCAACCGAAAAAGACACAGAGCAGGACAAGAACAGGCCUUACAUGUAUGCAGAAAGUUGGAUGGGAUACUCUGGACCAGGUUGUGGAAUACUGAGUCUGCAGGUGACUGACAGGCAUGUGUGGUGUUUGGAUUUCAAAGGAGGACUGUUCUGCAGCACACUUCCUGAAACUGGACUGAAAUGGCAGCGCUUUGAAGACAAUGUCCACCAGGUGGCGUUAUCCCCUUCAGGUAAUUUGCUGUGGAAGGUGGAGCAGAAAACCAUGACAGCAUUUGCCUGUGCGAAAGUGUCGGUAAAAGGAAAACGUCAUUGGUAUAAAGCUGCAGAGCAAACAGCCUUCGUGGCUCUGAGUGAUGACUCCGCUUGGAUCAUCAGGACCAACGGAGAUCUACACCUACAAACAGGUCUGAGCAUGGAGCGUCCCUGCGCCCGCUCAGUCAAGGUGGACUCUCCCUGUGUGUUCAGCCAGGUGUGUGUGAGGGCAGGGGUGGUCUGGGCUUUAAGUGAACACAAGGCUCUAUUCUACAGAGAGGGAAUGAACAGCUACUGCAGCGAGGGAGAGGGCUGGAAGUACGACACUGUCAGUGAGGCUCAGGGGCUGGAGCUCAUAUGCAUCGCUCUAGGAGGUGGUGGAACAGCCUGGGCAUUAGACGCUAGCGGCAGCCUCUGGUUUCGAACUGGCAUCUGUCCAUCCAAACCGCAGGGCAAUGACGACCAUUGGUGGCAGAUCAGCAUUUCAGAUUACGUGGUCUUCGACCAGGGCAGUUUUUUCCAGACCUUGCUGCAAGCUACACAGAGUGUUGCCACAGUAACCAGGGGCCCAGUGGAGCGGGUGGUUGCCUUCCUGUCCCAGUACUCACAGUGCCAGCCCAGCCUCGUCAGUGCUAAUGCCACUGGAGUGUGGGUGGCCUCAGGACGCAACCAGCUCCAUCUCGCCCGUGGGAACCUUGUGGGCACAUUUUGGCAGAACGUAGUUCCAAGAGGGACUGUGUCAGCCACCAGGUGGACCUUCAUCACAUCUUCAUCUGUGCCUAAUAAAGAAGGUACGUUCCUGUGGUUGGCUCAGAGCAGGAAGGAUCUGUUCUGUGUCUGGGAUCGGGAUGGAGAGCUUCGUCCUUCCUCUGUCCCACUACCACCAGAGGUGGAGCUGACCCACUUAUCUGCUUGUCGUGAUGCUCUGUGGGGUUUGGACAUUCAUGGCCAAGUGAGCAUUCGAACACUGUCACCUUCUUGCCCCGUUGGUUUGCAUUGGACUCUCCUGGAUCUCAGCCAGCUUGGAAGUGUUCGUCUGGUAAGUGUCAGCUGUGGCAGCCAGAAUGUUUGGGCUGUGGACAGUCGAGGACUUGUUUACUUCAGAGUUGGAACUCAGCCUCUGAAUGCGAGCAUGAUGAUGCCGGCUUGGAUCUACAUCGAACCCCCCUCACAGCCAAUAGGAGUGCAGCUGGUUAGCAUCCAGACGAGCCCCAACGAUCGUCUCCUGUGGGCGCUGGACAACAGGGGAAGUGUGUUUGUCAGAACUGGGCUGAGUGACGAGAUGCCUGUUGGGACAGACUGGGACCUUGUACCAGGGCUCGCUGUCAGUCAGAUGGUCGUCAGCUGUCAGACUGUGUGGGUUCGGUGUGUUAAUGGAGAACUGGCUCGGCGUUAUGGCAUUUCUGAUCGCAACCCUGCUGGAGAUUACUGGAAGAAGAUUCCUGGAAACACUAACUGGUUUACUGUAACUCCGGAGGAAGAGUUGUGGGCAGUAACUCCCAUUGGAGGAUUGUGCCGGCGGCUGACAAAGCUCCUCCCACAGAUGCCCAGUGCCCCCCCGCCCUCAGGCCCCCUGCUUGGAGGAGAGGAUGUUGAAGAUGAAUGGGAGCUCAUCUGACCCUGUGUGGUGUUGGUCCUUCAGAUCUGGAUCGGCUGCGCAGGCCGCUGUGACGUCAUUGCUAGUGAUCCUCCCAUCUAUAACCUUCUCUCUGAGGCAGACAGGAACAGGCCUGAGUGAUUUCACAGGUGGAGCAACUCUGAGCAGGCCGAUGACAUCACGUCCUGCAAGGUCUGCUGCACAGGGCACUCUGGGAAAAAAAUGAAGGGAUGUUAAUCUUAUUUUUGUAACAGGAAGCACUUUAACCUUAUUUAGCUCUGCUAAUAUUUAUUCCAGACUAGGUCAGCUGUUCAAGCUGGUUUGAAAUCAGCUUUAGAUUUUCCUUUAGUAAUUAAGGUUUUAUGAGAAGACUCAAAGGAGACAUUAAACAGUUCAGUUUAGUUUAGUGGAGCCGGACUUAUUCCUUUUAAAACUGUUUCUAACCCUCCUUUUCUUGGCUGGUGCUGCAUUUAUGUCUCAGCCAUACACUUGACGGUGGGAAGCCUUUCUUUUUUUUUUUUCUUUUUUUUUACCACAGAAUGAACCAAUUUCCUAGUAUGAUGGCUUCCCGUAAAACAAAUAAAAAUAGAGUUCUAUGUUGCCUUUUUGCUUUUGAGGGUUUGGACGUUGUUGUUGAGCCUGUGAAUCACAGACUUUAACCUGAGGGUUGUCGAUAUGUUGCAUCACUACUGAGCGGGUUAUGGACUUUCUGUAAAUUUAACAGAUUGGGACUGUUAAGGUUCAGGAGUAGAAUCCAGCCCCGUCAAACACUGUAAUAUAACAGCCUGAAGUGGAUCUCACUGUAGUUUGUGACCAACUGAGGACUUUUAAGGAACAUUUAAGUGAAAUAUCAUUCACCCUGCAAAUCAGUUUGUUUCCUUCUCCCUCUCAUGAGUCCUCUGCUGCUAAUCGGUUUGUUUUGUUUAUUCAGUGUUUUGAUUUCUUUUUUAAGAGUUGGCUUUACGCAAAGGUGGAAUUUUAAUUAGCUGUUCAUAGAAAUAAUCCGUGUUCCCUGAUUAGUCCUGUUUGACUGCGGUGGACCGAUCGGUCUGCUCUGGGUUAAAAGGAAUAAAAUAUCACAGAAUGGUCAUCGAA